AUGCCACCGGCGUCAGAAAAUUUUUGCUACCUUCGACCGGAGCAAUUGUGUGAUGAGAUACCAUUGGAAACUUCUCCCAACAACCUGUUCAAUGACACCAACGUUGGUGUUUUGGAUGUCCCUCUGACACAGCGCUAUGAGACCAAUGACCCCUGCGCCCACUGUGCUGCCCAGGGCCUGGAUAUAAACGCGCGGGAUGCUCAUAGGAAUGCUGACGUCAGUGGACAAGGCGAGGGCCCGCACUCCAAUUUCCACUCUAACCUUCGGGCAGCCUGUGAAUUUCCCUACUCCCUGAAGUGUUUCCUUGCAGAGUCAGCCGCCUGGUCCAGUAAAAGCAGUUCCCUGCUGCCUCUGAAGUUGGCUGAACUGUGUUCGAUUAAAAUUCCCGGCGCUCGAGUUUUGCUUCGACUGAAUGACCACCUCAAAGAGCAAGAGGACCAGCGUAGCUGGGUGUUGUUGAUUGAAGGACAAACGUUGGGUGCAGUUGAGUCACUACUUCAUGAAAUUGAAAGACACUUUGCGGGCUGUAACAAUGUAACUGUUCAGACAAUGGAGGGGAUCUGA